GUCCCGUGUUGGCCCCCGCACCUCGCGUUGUCGGACAGACUGUUGCCUUCAACUUCAAGAAAGCCCCGGACCUCGGGAACAUCAAACGCAUCCGCAUAACCUCAGACGGCACAGGCUUUGCACCCGGGUGGUUUUUGGACACUGUGGUGGUUGAGGCGCCCUCAACCGGCAAGAAGUGGACCUUUGUGUUCCGCAGGUGGCUCGAAGACGACCACCUGUCAGCGACGGAGACCCCUGCGCAGCAACGGAGAUGA